GGAUCUCUUAACAGGAUUAUCUAUUCUAAGGACAGGAAAAAGGCUGAAGGAGGAAUGACCCAAACACAGACUGGACCUUAUUCCAAUAUAUCCGUGUUUCCAGCAACUAUUUUAAUCCAGUGUUGACUGUGGGGAGGAUUUGAAUAAUAGUUUUUUUUAAAGGAAGACAUUUGUAUAAUCUCUGUGCAGACAUCAGCGGAUGUGAGGAUGAACGCUCAGCCUGUUGCAGAGACAAACAGUGACAGCAUGCCCAUGAUGCUGCUGGGCAGUGAGGACAGCGAUGAGGAAAGCAGUGAAGAGGAGCCAGCAAUCACAAGCUGGAACGAUCUGUCCAUCAUAGAGCGUGUGGGCCUCAACAGUCCGGAUAUGUCAGAGAAAGAUUUAGAGAUGGCCUUCUGUCAGAUCGCCAUGGCCUUCCGUUGUGAUCAGUAUACCCUGAAGCAGAGGCUGCAGGCGGAGGAGCAUGCCCGCAACCUGGCUGAGGAGAACAUCCAGCUGGAGCUGACCCGAGGCAGGGAGACUGUGGAGACGCUGAAGGACCUGUGUCUGGACAGUAAGCGCAGUAAGAUCCUGCAGAGGCUGGAGCUGUCUCUGGACAUCCUCAGUGGGACAGUGGAUCGCAUCUCCAACACAGCAGAGGUGCUCGGCGCUGUGCACCAGGAGGCCCGAGUGAGCCGCGCAGUGGAGCUGAUGGUGGCUCAUGUGGAGAAUCUGAAGAGACGACAUGACAGAACAGUGGUGGAGCUGGAGGAGACCAAGAGCUCAGUCCAGCCUCACAUCCCCUGCAGGAACAUCAACGACCCCAGAGCAUCGCCAGAUCUAGAGGAAAGUGACGGCAUAGGCAACAUGUCUCAGCAGAAUGUUAGUCGUCGCAGAGUCAGCAUAACGCUGAUUCACAGCCAAUCCAUGGACAAGAUAAAGCGAGACGUGAAGAAACGAGCUACCAGGUCCUACAGCAGGGACUCCUUCCUCCUCAGCUCACUUCCCCGCCUGAGCCUGGAGUCCGGCUGCCCUCCCAUCACCAGCGACGAUGCAUACUCUGUUGAUGACAGGCCACAGGAUCCAGAUGAAACUGCUUCAGAGGCUCCAGCUGCUGAGCUCCCUCCACCUUCAAACCCCAACCCAGAGCAACUCCCAUCAAAACAACUGGCCCCCAGAAAGUUAAACAACAAAAAUUCCCCUCUGGAUACCUUGCGACAGCGACACAAGGGCAAAGCUGCGUUAUCGAAGAAAAAGGCCGACAAGGAUAAAAAGAAGACUAAUGUUUACCAACAGCUUUCCAUCAGCACGUGUACGUCUGUAUGGAGGAAAAAUUCCCUGUCUCUCUGGCUGUAUCGCUGCCGCUGGGCGCUCGGCUGCAUUUACCUGUUUGUGCUCCUCUGUGUCGUUUCACUCACUUACCUGUUGUGGAAGCAUCUUGAUGACGCACCUGAGCCGUGAAUAUCAUCAUCGGGAUGCUGUCUAACUGUGUUUAGAGCUGAAACACCUGUGUCUUUGUAUGAAAGUAUAAAAUAUAUUUUUGGUUUUAAAUAAUCUCUGAUCUUUCACCUUCAAGGUAACAAAGCCACACGCUUCACUUUCAGCUGUAUUUUUUAAUCAUAAAUAUAUCAAAACUGAUACAAUCACUCGGUUAGUAAGAAAACACCAAACUGCCGUGAAAACAUUAAUCAAACCACUGUUUUAAAGCAUCAGUGAUUAAUUACUAAAAGUUAGCAAACGUUAAACUCUCACAUCAUGGUUAGAUGUUAAACUCUCACUAUAUUUAACUUCAAAAAAAGAGAGACGCAUGUUCAAAGUCAUAUCAGCAUUUUGUUAAUAAGUCUACAUGUUGCAAGGGGGAAACUCAGUAACAGAUAAAUAAAGAAUACAAUAUUAUAUUAAGAUUUGGAAAUGUAUUCAAAAACUUGUGUGAAUGAAUUUCAUGUGCAAAAUGUGUGCCAGACACAAAUUCUUCAAACACAGCCAAUGUGUUUUAGAUCUGUUUGCGUGAACCUUGAUUCACCUCUGAAUGCUUUUAGAAAUAUCUAUUAGAAAACCAUUUAAUAUAAAUAAAACUGGAACACGCCAUACAUUAAGUUUUAAGUUAAAAAACCACUGCGAAAAAGAGAAAUGCACUCAUCUGGGUACCGAAAGGUCCGCGUUCUUUGCAUCAUGUCAACAAACAAUCUCACAGAGAGUCCAAAUAAAUACAGAGAUAAAUAGAGAGGAAUAUGCAGAGGUCUCAGUUACACCUGGCUCACGAUCUCAGCGUCCUCCGCAAUGAACCACUGGAGUGGAGUCCCGUCUGCAGCUCUCUGGAGAAUCACAUGACCCAAACCCUGCGGAAACAGUCAUGAAAUCAAUGUUCACCUCAAGCAUUCAGUCAAUAUACAUAUAAGCAUCCAGGUAGUUAAUCAAAAGAAGAAUUUUCAGCCAUUUAAUUGUCAUUAUUCUUUAAAAAAAUCAACAAAUAAGUCAUUUUUCAACCAAAAUGCUGAUUACUGCAUCUCCAUGUCAUUC